ACAUCAUCGAAAGCAUUAAUAGCUAACAUCUUAACAGAAAGCGUAGGGUCUCUCAAACGAAAAGUUCAAAGUUUUGUUUAGAAAAAAUUAUUAAAAAUGGCUUCUUAUCGAAGUGCACGUACACACAUCGGUUGGUUCGCCAAGCUGAGCUUGACAUUGAUACUUGCCUUAGUUUUGCGACAAAAUGGAAUUCAAGGGCUGAAAUCAUUCGGCCCCUCCAUUAAUUGUGGCCCAAAGAGUGUGUAUCCUGAAAGUUGCAAAUAUGGCAGCUUCAGUAUAAAUUAUAAUCCCGAAUUCUGUCUUCCACGCACACUAUGUCGCAAGGGUGUGGGUGAGGUCUGCCGUGAAUAUGGCGGAAGCAGCGAUUGUAAACCGGGUUUGAACUGCAACUGUUAUCGUCGCUGUAGUGAACAUCCCGAUACCUGCUCAUUUUUUGGUAACGGUAUAUUGGAUUUGAAUACUAAAAAUUAGAUAAGGGAAAAAGUAGGUUUUAGACAAUUUUCUACGCAUAAAGGUUUAGACGGCUCAGCAGCAUUAGUAUGUAUACAGUAUUUAUAUAGAAAAAUCAUAUUAAUAAUUUUUCAUAACUGUAGACUAUAAUAUAAUAUUAAAUUAGUAAGUUCACCAUGCUACUGGAUGAAAAUUUAAAAAUAUUUAUAGAAAAAUUUUAAAAUUAAUAAGAUAAAAUAAAACGGUAAUAAUGAGGCAUACUUAAAUAUAUGAGCAAAUAUUCAAAAU